CUCACACAGAUGGAACAAGGAGGGUUGGUUAUAAAAAUCUUUGCGAAGAUGUCCAUUGUUUCUCGUUGCGUCCUCUGUCCUCGUCACACAUUGAAUGAGAAAGCCAGAGGUCCCGCCCCUGUGACAUUCUUCUUCAUUCGGUUUUGAGAAGGAGACGAAGAGAGAGGAGAUAGGACGCAACGAUUUUGAAAUUGAAAUCUCCCUUUGUCUCACACAAGUGAAGAACAAACGACGAAUCAUCGAAUCUGAAUCGUCAGAUUUGUAAUCACAUUUUCGGGCGGGAUGAUUGAAAGUUUGUUUUCGUGGAUCAGUGACCACUGUUGAAAAUCUGCAUAGUAUGUUUUAUGGCUACUUUUAUGAUACGAUCAGUAAAACAUUUGAGCAAUAAUAUAAUUUUGACCAUCGCUAUGAAAAGAACUGAUAUGGAGCGACCAUCGAGGAAGACAAAGCUUGUAAAUUAUUCCGAUUUCCAGGAAUUGGAUGAUGAUGAUGAUUUUGCCUCUGUGAAAGCACCACCCAGCAAAAAAGCCAAGGAGAGUGUGAAAGAACCAGCACAGGAGAAAAGCAAGAAACCCUCAAACAAGACCUCCAGUCAAGAGACUGGCUCACAGCCCAUAAGCCACAAGGACAGGAAACCAUUGGAUGAGAAGCUGUAUGACAGAGAUUUGGAAGCAGCUCUUACUUUGUCGUUGCUUAAAACCACCGAGAUAAAUGAGGAACAAUGUUCUUAUAAUCCAGAAAGAUGUGUCAAGAAUCAACCGCAAAAAGAUGGUGAAAAUCUGGAUCCAUCAUUACGCCUUUCUAACUGCAGUGUGGACAUCAAUCAUUUGGGCCUUGACCAGAUCACGAAUGAUCGGGGAUCCCCUUGCGCCCCCUCCAGACAGAGGAAGGCAGCCUCCAAGGCUACAGAGCAGCAAAGGAGCAUGCUGAAGGAUGGCGAUGAGGACUACAAUCCCAAAGGGACACCAGAUUCAGAGAGUGAUGCUGAUUUCAGUGAUCCAGCUGAAAGUGGUGAUGAUGAUGAGUUCACAAUAAAGAAACCAGAGAAAAAGAAGAAAAACACAAAAGAGAAGACAGCUAAGAAGGAGCAACCAAAAGCUAAACCUCAGGCGGCCUCAAAGGAAGAAAAGCAGCCUUCAAAACCAUCAAAAACCAAACCACAUUUGACAGGGACUCCCAGUCUAAAAACUCCCACCUUAGGUAGAAGUCCAACUGCUAAGCCUGCUUCCGUGCCCAAGAGGUCUCCUGCCGCUUCUCCUGUCUCCAGACCUGCAGUCUCUGGCAGACCUGCAGUCUCUGGUAGUCCAGCAGGGGGCAGAAUACCCAAGUGGAAUCCUCCAGGUCAUGUUGGAAGAAGUCCCGGCUCAUCACAGAGUGCCCCAGUGAAGUCUCCAGGGCAGGGUCUAAGACUUGGACUGUCUCGCAUGGUGCGGGUUAAACCCCUACACCCCAGUGUUGCUAGUCACUGACCCCACCUAUCUAUUAAAGAGGAGCGCUGUGCCUCUGCGUAAUUGACAGUUAACUUUCAGGAUUCCUUUUGUAAUCCUCUAGAUCUGUCUAUUUUAAUAAGAGGCAUUCAAAUUGUACUGUUAAUUAGUAUUUGUCUGGUGUCAUACAUGCGCUCAUUUUAUAGCAGCUCAUCUUUUGGACCAUUUGAAUUAACAAAGGUCAGUUCCCAACUUUUACUGUUAUUAGGCCUACAGCAAAGCCUUUAGAUUUCAAACCCUUUGUGUCUUUUAUUAUUUCAGAGAGGUUUUUGUCUUCUGUCUGUUUAGUUUUCACUCAAACAUGUAAAAGAAAUGGUGCAAUGGCGCACUCUGCUGGAUACAAUAAUCUUAAAAUGCUAAAUGAUCAUUGUUAAAGGGACUGAGACCCUGCCCCUGUUUCGGUAAGAAGCUGAGGGAUGAGGCUGGAGAAAUGUAACCACUCUGAAAUUCAUAGAUAGAGCUGUGGAUGCAAGGACUGACCAUAUAGUAAAAACUAUAGUUUUUACCAUGUUUUGAGGCUAUAUACCCAAAGUGCAAAAACAGGUUGAAUCAACUUUAUUUUCACGCCAUUUCAACCCCAAAAAAAUCUAUGUGAUGAAGUUGAAUCAACGUGGAAAACUGAUUGGAUUUUCAAAAAGUCAAGGUAAGGGUAUUUCAUUUUAUUUUUCACCCAACUUUUAACCUAAAACGAGAUGACAUUUGUUGUUAAUUUCAUGUUAAAUUCACGUUAGUUGACAACUAAACUAAAUGUAAAUCAAAACGAGAAGUUGAACUGAAGGCUGUGGCUAGUGUUUGUUUGCAUUUAAUGUAUUAACAAACAUUGGGAGUAAAACAGCUUAUAUUUUGGGGUCUGAUGGGGUAUGACCAUUGAACUAACCUCAUGAGCCAUUUAUAUGUUAUAUUCUUCAAGAAUCAAUGGGCCAAUAUCAUUAAUUUUAAAAGUAAAACAAUGGAUGUAGCAACUGCAGAAUGCCCCUUUUAUAUAACGUUUUACCUUGAUUUUAUGAACAUCUAGUAGAAUAGGCUAUGUACGUGUUCUAUUUGUGUUUAAGGUUUUGUGGAUUUUGUUGUUUAGCGAAAUCUUUGUACAAUGUGUAAAUAUAAAACAUUAAAGAUUCAAUAGAAACUAA